AUGACUACCGAUAUAGCAGAGUUAAAAUUUAAAGCGCACCAACUAAUUCUUUCUUUGGAACCGACAUCCGGAGAAGGGUAUGACAAGAAUAGAGUUAACAUUAAAUUUGAUGUAUUACAUAAAUUAAGUGACAUCAAGCAUAAUUUAACAUUUAAUGAUUUAUUAAAUCUUACAAACUUAACAUCGAAAACCGAAAAAAAAAUAUUUAAAAAAAAGAAGUUGGCGAACGAUAAGAAAGCUCUAGAAGAUUUUAUUGAUUAUUUGAAUCGGAAAUAUUUAAAACAUACUAGGAUUGGGUGUUUUGGGGAUGGCUGUGAAUCCGAAAUUAAACAAAUUCAAAAGACAAGAUUUGAAACUCAGAUAAUUCUCCAGGAACUGUCAAACCUUAAACACACGGUAAAACGCCAUAAAAUAAUUUACCGAAACGAAGCUCGAGGCUUUAAGCAUCAUACAAAUUCAUGGUCGCUGUGGAAUAGGGACCAAAAUGAUCAACUCAAAAAUAUCGAAGAAAAUUUAAAUACCAUAACAUCUAAAAUAAAAGUGGCAAACAGGGUAUUGGAAGAACACGUGUACGAUUACUAUGAUUUAGAAAAGAGAAGACAUGACAAGUUGUAUAAAGAAUUUCCAAUAUAUGAGGCUUGUUACAAACUUUUGACAUGGUUGAGCCCGAUGGAAUGGAAAAAAAAGUUCAACGUUAACAAUGACAAAUUGGAAUACGAUAUUAGGCAUCUAGACGCUGAUACAGACGAAGGACGCGACAGUUUUUCAAACAUUAACUAUCAUAAGUCAUUUGAAGAACUGUCCAAAGACAUGCAAUUGGAGCCAGUACACAAAAUGUAUUGGAAGUCCGCGGAGCAUGUUAUUAAAAAAAUUAAUUCUCUUGAAACUAGAAUUAAUAAUCAAAGGGUAGUAUCGGAGAUAAUAAAUAACACACAUACCAAAAAAAAAAAUACUACCGAUAAAUCGGUGAAUAAACACAAGAGCGGUAUCACGACCACAGCGCCUAUUUCUUGUUUUGAACAAACACAUUCUAAACACAUCAAACUUAAUUCAAACAAUGACAUCUUAACUAGGCACAUAGAAAAUAUAAAGACAAUAUUGUCGUCUUUCUUCAAGGAACAUGGCAUUAGAGAUACGCAUACUGGAAUUGAAUUACUAAUCACUAAACUGAACGAAGCGAUUGCCGAAUGUGAAAAAAUUCCAAAAGAUCGUUUUAAAGAAACAGAAAUUAUAAUGAAAAUAAUCGAGAGAAACGAUGAAAAGUUGGACAGAUUAAAAAUGUUGGAGCGCAAUAAAAUAAAAGCUGCACAACGCGCGGUAGAUAAAAUGAAAGAGUUGACUCGAAUCGACGUCAGGAAACAAAAGCUGCUACCCUAUAGGCGGUCAGUUCCGCGACAAAAACGUCCUAAAACACCGAAGAAGCCAAAAUUAAAUAACGAUCAGCUGAUGUAUUUGAAAUGUUUUACGAUCAUGUUACCGGAAGAUAUUCCGGAACAUGCUAUUACCGUUGUACCGGAAUUUAAAAUAUAG